CUUGAAAUUGAGGUUACACCCGCAGCUGAACAAAAUGGCAGGAACGGCGAAUGUUUUUCGUCUCUUGCAAGAUGUUGGAAAAGCGGCAUGCCGUUGUCCAGCUCACUCCCAAGCAUUCCGUUUAAAUCAACCUCGCACUACUCCUAAACAUGUCUGUUCUGGCUCAACUGAAUCAGCCAGUCAACCCGAGUAUGCAUUUGAGAUGGCCUGCUCCAACAUCCGGUAUGGCAAGGGAGUCACACAAGAAGUUGGAAUGGAUUUUCAAAAUCUUGGGGCAAAGAAAGUGUGCGUCAUGACAGAUAAGCAGAUAAUGAGCCUUCCCAUUAUGACUGCAGUGGAGGAAUCGCUACAUCGUCAUCAUGUCAACUAUGAUGUCUUCCAGAAUGUCAGAGUAGAACCAACGGAUGUCAGUUUCAAGGAGGCAAUAGCAUUUGCUAAAGCUGGUAACUUUGAUGCGUUCCUGGCGGUGGGUGGAGGGUCUGUGAUGGAUACCUGCAAGGCGGCUAACCUCUAUGCAUCAAACCCUGAUGCAGACUUCCUGGACUAUGUGAAUGCACCCGUAGGGAAAGGGUUACCAGUUAGGGGAGAAGUCAAACCACUCUUAGCUGUACCUACGACAGCAGGCACAGGUAGCGAGACCACCGGGGUAGCCAUCUUUGAUUACAUGCCGCUCAAGGCUAAGACAGGAAUUGGAAGUCGUGCAAUCAGACCAUUGCUUGGCAUUGUAGACCCGUUACAUGUGAUGCAUAUGCCAAAUAGAGUAGCUACAUACAGUGGGUUCGAUGUACUGUGUCAUGCAUUAGAGUCCUUCACAGCAAUCCCAUACGAUGAGAGAACACCACGUCCUAGUAACCCCAUAGAGCGUCCAGCCUACCAGGGCAGUAACCCAAUCAGUGAUAUCUGGUCACUACAAGCAAUGUCAGUCAUUAAGAAGUACUUCAUUAGGUCUGUGAACGAUCCAGAGGAUUUUGAAGCUCGAUCUGCAAUGCAUCUUGCUAGUGUCUUUGCUGGAGUUGGAUUCGGUAAUGCUGGGGUGCAUUUAUGUCAUGGCAUGUCUUACCCCAUUGCCGGUAUGGUGAAGAAGUUCCAAGCCGAUGAGUACAGUGCAGACCAUCCUAUUGUGCCUCAUGGUCUAUCGGUAGUCGUGACGUCACCGGCUGUUUUCCAGUUUACUGCACCCAUGUGCCCAGAGAGACAUCUGCAAGCAGCCGAGGCCCUUGGUGCUGAUAUUACCAACAGGAAGAAGGAAGAUGCUGGUAAGGUGGUAGCCGAUGUGAUGAGACAAUACAUGUAUGACUUGAAGGUUGAUGAUGGACUGCUGGCAUUAGGAUACACUAAAGAUGAUAUUCCAGAUCUAGUCAAGGGAACCCUUCCACAGAAACGUGUGACGAAGCUCGCCCCUCGAGAGCAGACUGAAGAAGAUCUAGCCAACAUGUUUGAACAAUCCAUGAAAGUGUACUAAAGCUUAUCAUGCAUUUGUAAGACCAAAGCGUGGGUACUCGGGGAGAGUUCCGGGGAUUGUACUGGGCAACAUUUAUGCCGGGUAAAUCCAUGCUUUUGAAAUUCUGGGUUUUUAGUGGAGUUUUUUUCUCAAUCAUGGUAGCUAAUUUGGUGAUUUGUUUUUAAUUGGUGCGUUUGAUUAGCUUCCCUUGGUCGACCCAGGUCUGCCCCCAGUACAU